AUGUUUUCUGCUGGCAUCAAAUCAACAAGUAGGGUUAAAUCAAUGAAUGCAUUACUAAAAAGAGUUAUGGCAGCUAUGAAACGAAGAAACAAUGCUAAAAUCUUAAUUGCUUUUGAAGAAAUUUUGGCAGACGAAGAUGAAGCAAUCAAAGCAAAAAUAUACAACCAACUGCAUUUCUAUGUGGAUAUUAGCUUCUCAAGGUUUUUGAAAGAAUUUAGCAAGUUUUAUACAAUGUAUUUCAAUCUCAUUUUCGCAAAAGAAUAUAAAAAUUUAAUUAAUUUGCAUGCUAUUACAAAAAAACAUGAUAAAUUCAUUUCAAAUUGAAGAUAA